GCCCAGGCUUGCCUUUUGCUCGAAAUGACAUUCUAAUGAACAAGCGAUCAAAUACCCUUCUGCACCAUUGCCCUAGAUAUAUAAGCAAACCCUGAGGUCAUACCCCAAACAGAGGUAUUAAUUUAUUGCGCGGACUGAUAACUGCGUCGACUGAUUUCUGUGUAUAGUUCUGACCUGAUUACGGAGCGCGUGGUGCCCUACAGUUCAGACAUGCGCAGUAUUGAUCCACAUGUUGACGCAGAAAGCGUGCACGCCAGCCCGUCUCCCACAGAGACGUUCAAGGUUCGAAACAUGUCCAGACACAGUUUAUACUCUACACACUGCGGGAGAACGAAUCUUACCUUUCCCUAACGGUUCAGCUUAUGUCGUAAGAGUGAACUAAAAAUAGCAACUGUGGAUGCCGUUGUGGCUGCUUCGCUGCACUCAGAGUAUGAGCCUCACCUUGACUGACACUUGGCGAAGGUAAUCUACUCAGUGAUUGACGACCCAGGAUAGAUGGAGUUUCCAUGGCGAAAACGGAAAAUCAUAAAGACAUUUUACGGAAGGUCUUUAGCGACCCAGUACACGGCCACAUCGCUCUCCACCCGGCUUGUGUGGCAAUUAUCGACACACCCCAGUUUCAGCGACUACGAAACAUCAAGCAGCUAGGGGGAGGCUACUUUGUCUACCCUGGCGCCUCACACAAUCGCUUUGAGCAUUCCCUCGGUGUGUGCUACCUGGCGGGAGAGAUGGCGAGGACGCUAAAGAACGGUCAAAAUGAGCUGGACAUCGACGACAAAGAUGUACUUUGCGUGGAAAUUGCCGGGCUUUGCCAUGACUUGGGACACGGGCCGUUUUCUCACGUUUUUGACAAUAUGGUGGUACCCCGAGUACGUGAAGACCGUCCUGACUGGAAGCACGAAGACGCCUCCAAAACAAUGUUUGAGCACAUGAUCGAAGAGAAUCCUGUCAUCAAAAUAAAAGGCGACUUGAACAGCAAUGAUGUGACUUUUAUAAUGAAUAUGAUUUGCCCACCGCCUUCUGAGGAAGAGAAAAUGAAAGAUAGCAGAUGGCCAAAGAAAGCGUUUUUGUAUGAGAUCGUGGCCAACAAGAGGAGUGAGGUGGAUGUGGACAAAAUGGACUACAUUGCCAGAGACUGUCUUCAUCUUGGCAUUCGCAGUAGCUUUGACCAUGGUCGCUUCAUCCGUCUGACACGAGUCAUUCGACACGGAAAGAAAAUGCGACUUUGUGUCCGCGAUAAGGAAGCAUUCAAUGUGUACCAGCUGUUUCAAACUCGACACGCCCUACACAAGAAAGCCUACAAGCACAGGGUGACAUCUGCCGUCGAAUAUACGCUCGCGGAGAUUUUGAUUAAAGCUAAAGACGUGAAACUCAUCCCUGGAAAAAGGAAGCGCUUGGCCCUUCCCCAGUGUAUCGACGACAUGUCUGCCUACACACACCUGACUGACGAAAUAUUUCAGCAGAUCCGCAUCAGCAGCAAGAAAGAGCUGAAACAAUCACGUGACCUGCUGCAGGCCUUGGAAAGGCGGAAGCUCUUCGUGUGUGUAGCUGAAAGCUGUCCUAUAGCAAACAGCAAAUGUAAGAUUUUAAAGGAAGACACUUCAAAACUGGCGAAAGAGACGAAGAUCAAGAAGGAACUUAUACAGCAAUUAAAGAGACACGAUCCAUCAUUUCUGGAUGAUACUAUUACAGUUCAGGUGGUGAUGCUAGAUUUUGGAAAGAAGGAUCGCAACCCUGUUGAUGAACUGUGUUUCUACACCAAGCGAGAUAUCGACACUGCUAUAAAAAUAAAGUCAACAGAGGUUUCCCACUUGUUCCCAAAAAAGAUGUUUCAAGAGCAGAUGGUUCGCGUGUUCUUGAAGCACUACUGGGUCGGACGUAAAUGUGUUUAUGACCAUGAUAGACAGUACAUGGAAAGUGUGUGUAAGGUUUUCGAAAAGUGGUGUUCCAAGAACAAGAUAGGAUGUAAGCAACUCCUUAAGGAUCAAGUUCUCCAUUCGUAGUAUGGAUGCAACGGAAGAAGGAAUUGCCUAUCGGUGUACACAAAACUCUGAGGAAGUAGUAAGCCAGAAACACAAUUUACCUCACAUCCUGGGAAAAGAAACAACAGAUUUUCCUGGGGUCCCUAGUCUUUUUAGUAAUCCUAAAAAAUUGUUUCAAUCUUCAAAACAUUUAAUAAGCAAUAUGUCUUACCUUUUCUGGACUUUCUUCAACGGCUGACGUAUAAAAUGAUCAGGUAUAUAAACAUUUUCUGCCGAAUCUGAGCUUUUGAAAUUAUGUCUAAUAUAUAUAUAUAUAUCAGAAUAAAGCUCUGAUGAAAGCCUAAACCACAUUGCCUAAAAUAACUACCAAAGCAAAAUAUCCCUGUACAGUGUUCCCUCGCUACUUCGCGGUUCAUAUAUCGCGGAUUCACUACUUCGCGGUUUUUUUUGAGUGAAGUAUCGAUCGAUAUUUUCGUGCUGGGAAUUAUCGUUCUACAAAA